UCAUUAGAGUGCGACUCCAGAUACAAAUAGGUCUGGGCUACUAAAGUAUGGCAGCUGCUGAGGCGGCGGUGGUAUCGUCGUCAUCUUUGGAAACAGACACAGCCCUGGUCCCUGAAACUGCAGGAACAGCCGCAGCAACAGCCGCCGCCUCACCAGCGACGGCUGCAGUCGCGGCCGUCGCGGCCGCUGCCAGAACCGGAUCCGAAGCCAGGGUCUCCAAGGCCGCUUUGGCUACUAAGCUGCUGUCCCUGAGCGGCGUGUUCGCCGUGCACAAGCCCAAAGGGCCCACUUCAGCCGAGCUGCUGAAUCGGCUGAAGGAGAAGCUGUUAGCAGAAGCUGGAAUGCCUUCUCCAGAAUGGACCAAAAGGAAAAAGCAGACUUUGAAAAUUGGACAUGGAGGGACGCUAGACAGUGCAGCCCGAGGAGUUCUGGUGGUUGGAAUUGGAAGGGGAACAAAAAUGUUGACCAGUAUGUUAUCAGGGUCCAAGAGGUAUAUUGCCAUUGGAGAACUGGGGAAAGCUACUGACACGCUAGAUUCUACUGGGAAAGUAACAGAAGAAAAACCUUACGAUAAAAUAACACAAGAAGAUAUUGAAGGCAUUCUACAGAAAUUUACUGGGAAUAUAAUGCAGGUACCUCCCCUCUAUUCUGCAUUAAAGAAAGAUGGACAGAGACUUUCAACCUUGAUGAAGAGAGGUGAAGUGGUAGAAGCAAAACCUGCCAGGCCCGUUACCGUAUACAGUCUCUCCCUUCAAAAAUUCCAGCCACCAUUUUUCACAUUAGAUGUUGAAUGUGGAGGAGGUUUUUAUAUAAGAAGCUUGGUCAGUGACAUUGGCAAAGAACUCUCUUCCUGUGCCAAUGUCCUAGAACUGACCCGAACCAAACAGGGACCAUUUACGCUAGAAGAGCAUGCCCUUCCUGAAGACAGAUGGACGAUUGAUGACAUUGCACAGUCUCUGGAACAUUGCUCAUCUCUUCUCCCAGCAGAGUUGGCACUUAAAAAAUCCAAACCUGAGGAGUCUAAUGAACAAGUUUUGAGCUGUGAAUAUAUAACUCUAAGUGAGACAAAGGGAGAAGAUGAUGUAAUUAAGACAUCUUAAGAUUGGUUUGGGAUUGUCAUCAUUUCUUGGUUGACAUUUGAAUCCUGUGUACAGAAUGACAAGCUACGUGCAAAAGACAAACAACUAUUUCUUUUUUUUUCCGCAUGAUUUUUGUGUGUGUGUGUGAAGAAAAAUGUCCAUCAUUUACAGUUUCUAUGGUGUACAAUUUAUCUGCUCUACAUUAUAAAUAGCCUUGCAGUUAGUUGUUCAGUUCUUUGCCUUACUAUGAAAUGUUCUUUUAGGAUGUUAUUAUGUUGUUAGAUUGGAUUCAGGAAAAUCAAAUCUUCUGAUUUUGAUCUUUCUUCAAAGUCUUUUCCUUGAAAAAGUUGAACACAUUUUCUAAUCAAAGAAUAAAGAAACACGAGCUACAUGUUUCUUUGGUGUCACAAAUGUGAAUGUAAAUUAGUGUUACUUUGACUUUAUUUUGGCUUACUAGUGGCUCUGUUGUAUUGAAAUUCUUUAUGUUCGAAAAGGCCAUUAUUUAACUCAUAUUUUGAAGUUUACAGUUAUUAAGAACAUUUAUUUGAUGAGGCUGUGCAACUCUGGUGAUAGGUAUGUUUGUUUAGAUCUCGGAAACUAAUAAACUUUUAUAAUAAAUAUUUGUAAAUAAAUUACUGCUGCUACCACUAACAGAAUGUGAAUAGAGGACUGAAUAUUUAAUUAGAUUCACCUCCACCAUGAGGGCAAAGGACAGCUCUGUGGCUUAUAUUUUGGCAGCUAUGUGAACUUUUCCUGAUGAUUUCAUCAACACAGUCAACCACCCUGUACCAAGUUAUUAAAUAGCAUAAUUUUUAAAAAGUAA